AAACCAUCAAGACAUGUUCCUUCCAAUUUCCGGUGAAAACUGACCCUUCCUACCUCUUUGACAAGCAUAUCAAGAUGAGAGCAAUGCAAGUCUAUAAAAAGAUCCUCAUCCUUAAAUCCUAAAUCCUAAAUCCCAAACCAUCUAUUAGUUUGCUCUUCAAUGGAUCACGAAUGGACCAAUCCAUCCACACUUAAUCUCGAUCUCAACAUUGGACAAUCCACUGAUUUCAUAUCUGCUGGGGGUUUGAAAACCAAGUUGAAUGAAUUAAACCAGGAGAAGAAGAGGCUAAUCAACAUAAUCGAAGAGAUACACACGGCACGUGCAGCUAGCCAUGGUCAGUUAAUGGACAUCACAAGUUUACCUCUAGCUGAAAGCUCAUUUUCAAUGGCAAGAAAGAGGAAGAUGGAAAGCACUGAAAUGAACACAUGCAAUGGUGGCUCUUCUGCUGAUAGAAUUCUUGGAGUUAGAGAUCAGAGCAAGAUCGAUUUAUGUGGACAUUCGUGCAAAAGAUUUAGAGAAGAUGGCAAGCCCUAUGCCCGCACGACUUAUACAAUAGUUGAUGCAUCCGAUUCAAGCCUCAUGGUGAGAGAUGGUUACCAAUGGAGGAAAUAUGGCCAGAAGGUCACAAAAGAUAAUCCAUCUCCGAGAGCUUACUUUAGAUGCUCUUAUGCCCCUUCUUGUUCCGUAAAGAAGAAGGUGCAGAGGAGUGCAAAGGUCAAGACAGUGUUGGUAGCUACUUACGAAGGCGAGCACAACCAUUGCCGGCCUUCACCAAUCGGCAUUACCGGAGCAAUGCAUGAGGACGCAUCACAUCCCUAUUUUCUAUCUCCCACCUCUUCAGACUCGACAAUUUCUCUCGAUCUCAAACGCCAAGGACUAUACUCAAACGUUCAUGAUAAGGACACCGAGUUAGUUGAAUUCCAAAGGGUUGUAGUCGAGAAGAUGGCCUCGUCACUGACCAAGGAUCCAAAUUUCACGGCAGCACUUGCAAGUGCAAUCUCGGGGAGAAUUCAGCAUAUGCAAGUUCAAAAUUAAGCUCUUCGGGCAUACAACAUCGUCAUCCACUAGCAUGCUUGCUUUCUUCACAGUGACUUCGAUCGAUAGCAUAGUCAUUUGUUUAACAAAUUCACAGGUCAUUGCGCUAUCAAAAUCUUAUGGAGAUGUUUGCAAUUUCUUUUACAAGGAUGGCAGUUUAGGAAACUGCAGGUUGGAGCAAAAUAAAGGCAAGGUUCUGAGAGAAAUUUGUUGUGUACGAUAGAAUCGGCUAUUCGCUACGGUUAAUGCUGCAGUAGUUUCUUUCUUUUAUUUUAUUUUAAUAAUCCUGUAGGACAUUCGCCCAUUCUUUCUUUUACUUUUCUGUUUGUUGAUGGUGGUGCAACUUUAGUCAU